AUGUGGUGUCCAUUUUUCAUCACCAAUGUGAUGGCAGUUAUCUGCAAAGACUCGUGCAAUGAGCAUAUUAUAGGAGAACUGUUGAAAGUCUUCGUGUGGAUAGGAUAUCUAUCUUCAGCAGUUAAUCCACUGGUGUACACACUCUUCAACCAAACAUACCGCUCUGCUUUUUCUCGUUACAUCCAAUGUCGGUACAGGGAGGAGAAGAAGCCUUUACAAUUAAUUUUAGUGAAUACCAUUCCUGCACUGGCAUACAACUCAAGUCAGCUACAACUUGCACAAAUGAAGAAUAUCAAGAAAGAAAGAAAAAUGAAAACAAAUGACUACUCCUUGGUUAGUAUAGGAUUACCCUCUUUGGACAAAAGUAAAUCUGAAGCAGGUUCACAAAAUGAAAAUGUUAGUUGUUUGUAA